AAUAUCAGUGUCGAUAAAGGCUUACUGUAUUUCAAUAGCUUUGAAUGAAGUUCCUAUUCAUAUUGAUAUGUAUUUAAUAUUAAGCAGAACUUUACUAGACAAGAACAUGAGUAGAUUAUAGCGAUUUGGUGAUUUGAGUUGAUCAGAACAAGUCAAUACAUGUAACUUAAUCUCAUCGCAACAAGUUCUAUAGUGAAGCUUCAUAAAGAACAUCUGAAGAUGAAUGCGUAAUGCAUUUGAAAUUACUUUUACAAUGGAGUUCUGAAGUAAUAACAUCAAUACAAAAUAGAGAAGCCGUUUACAUACACAUGGGUGCACUAUUCAGUACAAAAAUAAAUGCAAAAGAUAGAUAUUUGUUAUGAAACAAACAACACGCUGGGAUUUGUGAGUCAAUGUCCAAAAAAUGACUCUCUUUUUCAAGAAAGAUCCAGGAGAAAAAACUGUAAAACCUUACCACAAUGCACAGGAGAACCACUGGUUUAUCAUUGUGUUAGAUUCAGAGAGGAACUUGUUGAAGUAUGCGCUCCAAGAGGUCUUAUAACAGGAUUUUGUUGUGCGCUGUUUGACGAAGGAGUAGGUAGAGUGGUUGAGGAUUACUUCAAUCCCUGUUCGGAUUGCCCUUUUGUGUAUCAAUCAGAUGAUGUUUCAAAAUAUUCAAAAUGUGUAGGAAAGAAAAAAGACACAUCGACACCCGGACGUUAUAAAAAGUACACAGCUAUUGCUGACAAAAAUAAUUCUUUUGAGACGUCAAAAGUGUUGAUCAGUCAACGAUCAAGCUUUGCUACGGUAAAUCAUCCUGUCAUGUUAAAUGAAACUCCUGCUACCAAAUCAUUUACCGUAAUGGAAGGAAAAGACAUACAACAAAAAGGGAAACUUAGAGAAGGUCAUUUUGUCAGUAUUUCGUUUGCAACACUUGUUUUACUGGUUUUCAUCAUCUGGCUCUCAGUCCGAUAUCAGAAACAUGUUACGCAAUGUUCCUCAUCAUCCACAGAAGAUUGGAUUUAAUGUGACUAUUAUCUGAACUGUAUUUGACACUUUUUUAGAGUUCUUAACAACACAAUAACAGCAGCAUUACAAUUUUACCGAUGAAAAAAACGAAGUCUUCAAUAUAACAGAAGCAAUUUGCUAUGGUUGCUUUAAAUUAACAUAGGUUUUAUUCAAAACGUUUGUCGAUCAAACAUAUGUAUCAUAUCAAAUACAAUUUUUAAGGUGCUUGUUUUUUACGCUUUACGUCAUGUAAAAUAUUCACCAAUGCUGUCUUUUGCCUUUUACACAUUACUUGUUCUAUGAACGCGCACAAAGAACGCUUGAUUUCAUAUUUAAUAGUUAAUGCUCAAUUUUAGUAUUCUAACGUUACUUUUUAUAUCAUCUCACAUUAUAUUUUGAGAAAAAUACUAUUGUUUUACAAAAUAAAUAAAUGUAUGCCGGGUGUU